AUGGACGAACGCCGGAAACCUUCUGGCGUAGUGGAAUGCGGCAUCUGCCAUCUGCAAGGCUCACGCUCCUACACCUGUGUCAACUGCGUGCAUUCAGCGCUUAUCCAGCACUGGGAAGAAAUGCGGACAAGCACAGAGGAGCGCGACCAACUGGCAGCACACGUCAACCAAGUCCUCAAUCCCAAGAUCAAGCAACACCAGAUGUGUCUCGCUGAACGGGCAAUGGCUGCUGAACACGCAUCUACAAUUGCAGAGGAGCGGAAGACACUAUUAACCGAGUUGGAGCAAGAUCGCCAAAAACUCAUGCGGCUAAGAAGUAGUUUGAACCAGCGGAAGGAGACACUGAAACUGUCAAUGGCUCGUUUCCAGGUCGCCAAGAUGAACGGGCCACCAGCAAUCACCAAUUCUGUCAACCGCAUAACGGAGCACUGGGCGUCUGUUCACCAAAAAUUGGGCCAUUCACGCCGUGUCCUUGUGGCGGAGGUUGUUACUCUGUUCGAUCUCAAGAAUGUACCCGAGCGGAGGCGGGCGACAGCAGCGUCCAUACCAACACCUACGACGUCAACAGGGGGAACCUCAGAUCUGAACCAGAGCAUUCUUUCCAAUACCACCUCCUUGGUAGGAGGAACCACCUUUACCUCAAUACGACAUAGUACCAAGAAGUCUACAAAGCUGCGGGUACGGGAUUAUCUUGAGGAGGACUCUUGGAACGAGUUUUUGAUUGUUGGACGGCCGCUGCCCACAGGGUAUUUUGAAAACUACGACAGGGACGAGAUCAACACAACAAUUGAGAAUGUCAUCCAUAUGACCAGACUAGUGGCGUGUUACCUCGGAGUCAAGCUCCCUUUUGAAACGUUCCUCAAAAAGUCACAGUACUACAUCCACGCCGCGAUGACUGUAGGAGCAAAAAGAGCACCUCUCUACCUCACCGAGGGCAACCUGAUGCCGUUCACCGUCGGCUUGGCGCAUCUCAACUACAACAUCGCCUAUCUAUGUCAUUCACAGGGCGUUCAUAUCACUCUCGCCAAGGCGCCCAAUACUCUGGAGAACCUACUCGCGUGCUGUAACUCGCCUAACUUAGGCCGGUACACCAACUAUGCGACUAUGAUGACCCGACGACGGGAUGGGAUGUCAGAACCAGGAUCCACCGCGGACGAGGUGACCUCUCCUGUGUCACCCUCCAGCGACGAAAGCGAUUAUGACAACAUACAUCUGGGUUACAAGUCAAGAUCCAGGCGUCGUUCGAGUCAAGUCGAGCAACAGCAGGUGUCAUCAUCGCCCGGACCCGAUCAGUUUGAUCUGAAAGUUGAGGAGCUGGUGGCGAUUAUGCAAGGACGGCAGGACGAGGAAUCGGUAGCUUUUGGUGGAGUGCAUAUCCAGACCAACGUUGCCAGUCAUCUCAGACCCCCACCAGAGUACAUUGACGAGAUCAUUAUGCAUGACGAUCAGGAGGAAGAAGAUGGCAUGUACACCUUUACCGACAAUGUUGGCGGCGGCGGCAAUCUGAACAGAGCACAUGAAGGAUCGAACUACAGCCCCGAAACCAGUACUGCGAACAGUGUCAACAGUGGCGCGCCGAUUGUGCCCCGCACGUCUACUUCCGAGGCCAUGUUCUUGCCAGAGUCUUCUCGAUACCAGCGGCGAUCACCGCACCCUUCACGAGACCGGAAUCGCGCCUAUUCUCAGAAAUCCGAACAUGGAGAUUACCCGAUAAGCGGGAGCGGUGGAGCAGGAAGCAGCAGCAACAGCAGCGUCAGCAAUGGUGGCGCCAAUGGAAGUGGUGAACAAGGGGAGCCCGAGAACUGGACGUUUCUGGAUGUUGAUAUCUUCCGGGUGCCCAGUUCAGUCAAUCGAGGAUCGAGUCUGCUGUCAGGACGUGGAUGGCCUGACAUGUCUGUUCUCAAGCGUGUCGGGAGUGCUAUGGGCGGUGCGGCGGCGGGGUUAGUCAAUGGCGCAGCAUCUAUGAGCCCUGCAGUCAGCCAAAGUGCCCGGCGGCGGUUCUUGUCCACGGACAGCGGGUCCAAUUACCCGACGAUAUCCAGCUCGGCGCCCUCUUGA